AUGGACUGCUGCCAUCCAUUUACGCCUUUCAUCGCUUUACCAGCUACGUGUGAGCUUUGCCAACAAUGGUUACCCAACCACACUGCAAACUGCCCACGUAAAGGAAAACCACCGAGCCAAUGGAGUCGAGGUGACAACGACGACAAUGAAGAUGACAUAAUAGUGGACACUGAUAUCCAACGAGUGGAAGCAUUUAAAUGCUAGCAUGUGCAUACAUCGAUUCUUCUGUGUUUGUUUCUACCCACUCCCGUAUGCUGGCAUAUCGGCGCAUUCUUUCUUUAGCAAAUCUAUACCAUAUCACUUUUUGUUUUCUAUCACCUUUUCUUGACACGCUUUCAAAGCAACUAUACAAAGGAAAAACGACAAGAAAUGAGUAAAAAAUUAUAUAUUAUGCCCAGUGGAGAAGACUGU